AUGAAUCAAAGGAAGCCAUAAUCAAAACAAGAAGCAAGGGCAAAAGUGGAUUCUGGAUUAAACAAACCUCGUAAAUAGGAUUAGAUACAAAAAAGACCAGAAUCAGCUGUUCAAUCAUAAUCGGGAGAAAAGUAUUAAGAAAGCGAAUAAAAUUUUAUAUACCAAAACAACAUAAGUGAUAAAAUGAGCACCAUAGUUUAAGAUUACUUGCUAAAAUAGAACUAUUUAAAGACUUUGGAGCAGUUUGAAAAUGAAUCCUAAUACAAUCAUUAGAGAGUUGGGAAUUAAUAAGAAUAUUAAAUGCUUUAAUAUUUCGAUAAGGGAGACAGAGAUAGUUUCUUGAAAUUAUGGAAUUAGCAUCUGCCCUAAAACAACAAAUAAGAUUAUGACUUGUGGAAAUUAGAGUUUUAUAUUUAAAUCUAUUUCCUAAUUUAUCCGAUUCAUCCAUACUUAUCAAAGAAAGGGCAAAUAGACAAAUAGUCAAUCAAUGCAUUCAAACAAUUUCUAGAUUCAAAAGGCGAGGACUUAUCAAAAACAAAUGAAGUGCUUCCAUUUUAUGCAUUACCAUACGUGCAAUAACCUUAAAAACAUUAAACAUUUCAACAUUUAUUCACAACUUAAUGGGUUGAAGACUUAAAAGACCGUUUAAAAGAUUUCACAUCUUAAAUAUUUUAAAAUGAAUAAAUCACUCAUUUAUAGAAAUUAGUCUAACAUUAUGAAAACCAAUAUUAGCAAAAUUAAUAUUAACAAAUUUAACAUAACAAUUAUUAAUAAUAGGAUCAUUAAAAAGAGAUUAAAAGAUUAAAUGAUUAAAUUUAAAAAUUGCAAAGUGAUAAUACUGAAAUCAAAUAGAAGUUAAAUCAAUAAGUUUAAGCAUAUCAAGAGUUGAAUAAUCAUGCUGAGAAAAAUUUCACUGAAGCAUAAUAAAAAUGGUUUUCUCUUUGUAAAGAAUUAAUGGUAGUAUCAAAGGAUUUAUAAAAAUAUGUUGAUACCAAUUAAUCUAUACAAAACCAAUAGAAGAUUCAAAAUUUAAAAAAGAAGCUUCUCUAGUAUGAAAAAUUCCUCAAUCAAGAUUUUGAAGAUUUGGUGAAUAAAUCAUAAGACAUUUCUCUAUUCGAAAAAGCCAGCAUGGCUGAAUAAGAAAUAUCAAAUAUAGCUCAUAAUUAAUAAUUACCAACCCCUAUUAAAUCAAAUUAAAUUGAAGAAUAUGUACCAUUGAAUUAUCCCAAAAUAAUUCAGCUAUUUACAAAAUCUAACAAUUUUUAACAUGUGGCAAAUGUGUUGUAAGCUUUGAGAUGGAGAAUAACUAGAGCUAAAAAUGCUCUCUUAAGAAGAUAAGUGGUUGUGGCUUAUGCAACUCAUGAUAUCAUAGGAACACACUCCAAAAAUAUAUUGUUAGCUUAAUAUUUAAUUUUAAAAUCUCACCCUUUAGUUUAAUGUUAAACCUUAAAACUAUUAAAUGCUUUAGCAUCAGAUUAUCAUGGACGAUCAUAUUUAACUGUCAAUCCAACACUUAUUAAGUUUUUAGUCGAUCUAAUUAAAAAAGAACAAUCAGAUAGUCUAAUUAGAAAGAAUGCUAUUGGUGCCCUUUAAAAAAUGUCAUUGAGAAAACAAAGUUAAACCUUCAUGCUUGAAAACAACAUCAUUUAUCAUACAUUGAUAAUUCUUAAAAAUGAACAAAAUAACCUCAGUGAAUAUACUUAUGAAUAUAUUACUGCAUUGAUUAUGAAUCUAUCCUUAAGUUCUAGAGGGAAAGAUGAGCUAACUUAGCAUAAAGAAUUAGCUUUUGAAGUUCUAUACGAACUUAUUGAUUAUCCUAAUGAUCAAAUUAGAACCUUUACUAAUGGAACAUUUUAUUCAUUGUUCAGUAGAAAGAUUAUUAGAGAUUAUGCUUACAGUCUACAAAUUCCAUAAGAAUUACCAAGGCUUUUGGAAAAUUCAGAUGAAAAAUUCAAGAAACAAAUUCAAUAUAUGAUUGCCUAGUUACAAGCUGAUGAGGAUGAUUAUGACUAAUCUCAAAUGGAAGAGGAAAAUGAUGUUGAUGAUCUCGAAGAUGAAGAAGAAGAGUGUAUAGGAGAUGACGAUGAAGAAGAUGAUCUGAAUAAUUAAGAUAAUAUAGUUGGAGAAGAAUUGUUAUAAAAAGACUUUGAAUUAGUUGGAGAUGAGGCAGAAAAUCAAAAAUUAGUCAUGGAUUCUAUCAUUUUAAAAGAAGUUCAGUAGAUAAGAGAGUCUUAAUUAGAAAGAAUGCCAGUCGGAUAAAUCCCCUUCUAUAAUGACACAAAUGAUAAAAAAUAUAAUCAAAAAGCUCAAUAACAUCACAAUCAAUAAAAGCAAUCAAUUUAAGGACAAGGACAAUAAAACAUUAAUUAUAAUGAUAUUCAAGAAUUUGUUUCAAAACCUAAAAUUCCUAGAACCCCUCCAGGAGGAUUGAAAAAAUGAUAUUACAUAAAUAUACUUACAGAUCAAAUUAUUUUCAUUGUUAUUAU